AUGUCGUCACAACCACCACUCGAUCUCUCUUCCCCUCUUCAAAUCCGACUCAUGUUAAAAGAAAUUGAAUGUGAAACUCUCAAACAAAAACUAUCAGCUCUCGAAUGCAAUCCCAUGUCCAAUCUCAAAUUCGAACGAUGGGACGAUUCCAUUCAUUCCGAAAAUUCCAUUCUUCAACAACGAUUUCAUCACAUGCUUCUCUACAUUCAUCAACUCGAAUCCGACAUUGAAGCAAAAAACAGACGUAUCGAUCUAUUAGAAUUAUCUCUAAAUAAUCGAAGAAAACGAAGAGGAGGAGCCAUGGGAGAUCCUUCCAAUACCAACGCGGACAAGGAUGAUCUGAAUGAACAAACCGAACAAUUGACCAUUCAAAGAAAUUUAGUAAAAGCAUUCAUGAAGAGAAGAAAUAAUAGAAGAAAUGAACACAUGCAUUCCAAACGAGAGGAUACUUCAACUCAUUCCCCAAAUUCGUCGUCGAAUAUUUCUAGUACUACUUUUGCACGAAAGAAUCAUCGUUCAGUCAUGAGGAAAAAGGAAUAG